GUCAGCUCAGUCACAACUGCCCUUUCAAUGCUUGAAAUGCCUCUUCAUUGACCUGCAUUUGGAUUGUUUCCUUCGUCUCUGCAGUUUGUUGGUUCUGUUUCUCAAGCUGUGGUGUUUUUGGUCAGAAAGAUUCCGAAAACCGAUCGAGAUGGAUCAUCGGAACUCAAUUUCAACCAGCCAUGGAUCUUCUUCCUCUACAAUUUCUAGGAGAUAUGGAAGAAUUCUCGACAACUACCACACUCUCGAUCAGGUUACAGAAGCGCUGAUUGAAUUCGGCCUCGAAUCCUCUAAUUUGAUAGUAGGCAUCGACUUCACCAAAAGCAAUGAAUGGACGGGGAGAUAUUCCUUCAACGGAAGGUGCCUUCAUGACAUACGUGAUGGCCUUAAUCCAUACCAGCAAGCCAUCUCCAUCAUUGGAAGGACACUCUCUCCUUUCGAUGAGGAUAAUCUCAUCCCGUGUUUUGGCUUUGGCGAUGUGACUACACAUGAUAAAGAUGUCUUCAGCUUCUACGAGGACAACAGGCCCUGCAAUGGCUUCGAGGAGGCACUCUCUCGUUAUAGACAGAUCGUUCCACAUGUUCGCUUAUCAGGACCUACGUCGUUUGCUCCUAUAAUCGAAACUGCUAUAGGGAUAGUUGAUCGAAGUGGUGGUCAAUAUCAUGUUCUCUUGAUCAUAGCUGAUGGCCAAGUCACAACAAGUGUCGAUAUGCAAGCUGGACAGCUUAGCCCUCAGGAGCAACACACAGUUAAUGCAAUAGUGAGAGCAAGUGGAUACCCGUUGUCCAUUAUCGUUGUUGGAGUUGGAGAUGGGCCGUGGGAUAAGAUGCACGAGUUUGACGACAAUAUCCCAGCCAGAGCCUUUGACAAUAUACAGUUUGUGAAUUUCACAGAAAUCAUGUCAAGAAACAUUCCUCAAUCACACAAGGAAGCUGAGUUUGCCCUGGCUGCACUCAUGGAAAUCCCUUUACAAUACAGAGCAACACUCGAACUUCGACUCUUGGGCAACACUAGAGGCCACAGCACAACUCUCCCUUUGCCACCUCCAUCGCAUAGCUUGAGGUCGAACACUGCUAGAUUGUUUUCGCGGUCAAACAGUCUAAGCCAAACAUUUUCAACAAACUAUCCACCCUCUCCUGUUUCCACUUCAAGCACUUCAAAUGAAAGGAGGUGCCCCGUGUGUUAUGACAGCCAACGGGAUCUUGCACUUGGAUGCGGCCAUCAGACGUGCCGUGACUGUGGUGAAGAACUGAGCCAGUGUCCCCUUUGUUGGACAGAGAUUACAACCAGAAUAAGGCUUUUUGAGUAAACUCAACUGAACAGAAGAUGAGAGCAUGUGUGUGUGUGUGUGUGAAAAUACGUAUAUCGAUUUGAUUGUGUAUAUUGAGCAACAGACACUUGAUCAUUCCUAAUUUUAUCUGAAUUUAAAGAGCAGUGUAGGUGAGUUAUAUAGUUGCAUACUUGAUAUGCUUGAUCACAACAUUUUUAAGAUAAAAUAUUGAGUAUAGGAUUUUCGACUCCA